GGAGGCAGGACUUCCUGGUGUGGGGGUUGUCAACAGCUCAGAGAGAGAAAGACAGCGAGACUGGACGGAGAGGAGCUGAGGAGCGGAGAGAGAGCCGGCAGCGUCACGCGAGAGGAGACUUGGGAGACCCGCGCGCCCCCACCACAGACGGUGCACCACCUAGAGGAUCGGGGGUUUGAACUGCCCCUCCUGCAUCAGUCCGGAGACCCCUGGGGCUUCAGAGGCCGCGCCUGGGCUCCACCAAGGAGGCGGGGGGUUCUUCUUUGCUGAAGAGCAAACUUUCCACAGAGAUGCCUUACGGGGCGAGGUGCGGCCCCCAAAAAGGACUGGGCAGCCCCUGAUCGCUGCCUGCUUCCCCCGCGCUGCUGGGGCCGGAAGGCCCCGGGGAAAGGACAGCCCGACAUCUUGGGCGGCGCGGACCCCCGGCCCAGCUCGCUGGCUGAGACCGAGUUUGCAAACUCAGCUCUGGAGUUCGGCAGCGACAGCAGCAGGAAAAACCUGCCCCUGCCUCCCCCUACACCCCCAGCCACCGCCUCCCCCACCCUGUUCUCCCUUCACCAACCAAGCUCUCCGUUUCCUCAAGGCCCUCCUGCCAUGUCGGACCCAGACAUCCCCAGGGGCCCUGAUGCCCCUACCAUGUGGCCCCCGUGUUCCAGGGGUGCCUGAAUCCCUUCAAGGAGUCCCAGCCACCGCCCACUCCGCCUUACGUGACCAAGUCCAGAACCCCGGGGAUCAUGAGUGGGGGCAAGAAGAAGAGUAGUUUCCAAAUCACCAGCGUCACCACAGACUAUGAGGGCCCAGGGAGCCCAGGAGGCUCAGCUCCCCCUGCCCUGCCAUGCUCUACUGGGCCCCAGCCCCGCUUGCCCAAUGGGGAACCCAGCCCCGAGCCAGGGGGCAAGGGCACCCCCCGGAAUGGCUCCCCGCCGCCUGGGGCCCCUGCCUCCCGUUUCCGGGUAGUGAAGCUGCCCCACGGCCUGGGAGAGCCUUAUCGCAGAGGCCGUUGGACGUGUGUAGAUGUUUAUGAGCGAGACCUGGAGCCCCCUAGCUUUGGCCGGCUUCUGGAGGGAAUUCGAGGGGCCUCCGGGGGCACUGGGGGCAGAUCUUUGGAUUCCAGAUUGGAGCUGGCCAGCUUGGGCCUUGGCACCCCAACUCCACAGCCCGGCCUGUCUCAGGGCCCCACCUCCUGGCUCCGUCCACCUCCCACCUCCCCUGGACCUCAGGCGCGCUCCUUCACUGGGGGACUGGGCCAGCUGGCUGAACCCAGCAAAGCCAAGGUGGAGAUACCCCCACUUUCAGCCUCCCUGCUCCAGCAGUGUCCCCCAGAGCCUGGGACCGGGAAUAGUGCGGGCCCGUCCAAGGCUGCCACUCCUCUGCCCUCCCUGAGGGUAGAAGUGGAGGCUGGGGGUUCAGCAGCCGGUACCCCUCCACUGUCCCGGACGAAGGAUGGAUCCCUGCGACUGAGGAUGGAAUUGGUUGCUCCAGAGGAGAUUGGACAGGUGCCCCCUCUCGACCCUCGCCCCAGCUCCCCGGCCCUCUACUUCUUCCCCGAUGCCAGUCUGGUUCACAAAUCUCCAGACCCCUUUGGAGCAGCAGCAGCCCAGAGCCUCAGCCUGGCCCGCUCCAUGCUGGCCAUCAGUGGCCACCUGGACAGCGAUGACGAUAGCGGCUCCGGAAGCCUCGUUGGCAUUGACAACAAGAUUGAAAAAGCCAUGGAUUUGGUGAAGUCCCACCUCAUGUUUGCGGUUCGGGAGGAGGUGGAGGUGCUGAAGGAGCAGAUCAGAGACCUGGCUGAACGGAAUGCUGCGUUGGAGCAGGAAAAUGGACUGCUGCGGGCCCUGGCCAGUCCUGAGCAGCUGGCCCAACUGCCCUCCUCGGGGGUCCCACGGCUUGGGCCCUCUGCACCCAAUGGGCCCUCUGUUUGAGCCUCCCUUCCCUCACAAUGUGCCUUUGGGGGCUGCCACAGUUGUCAGGCCUUGCCAGCUGCCUGCCCCCUCUUCCUAUGCAGCUUUAAUGUCCCCUGGUCCCCAGGGAUGGGAGUUGAAGGCUCAGAAUUGGCCUGUCCCCCUACCCUUCCUCCAUCUCCCCAUAAUGCCCAGGGACUGGGCUGGGGAUCCUUAGGCCUUGAUGAAGGGGGCUUCAGGAUGGGGUGUUAGGUGAGGCCCUCUUCCUCCUUCCCUGGGUGUCAGUGUUCUGGGACCCCCAGCAGUAGAUGGCUGGAGAGUUGGAGGCUUCCUGGCAGACACCCCAUAUCCACCUUCUUCCCUCAGAGUGCCCCCUCUCCUCUGCCCAGGGAAGGGAAUAUGGACAAUAUCUGGAAGUUCUUGGAUUCAGGUUGUUAUUAAAAUAAUAAUUAUAAUUAAAACCGAAGAAACUUGAA